AUGAAUCAGUGCGUGCGUGUUAUGAGUCGUGUUACGGAAGAUAAGAUACUGCACUUUUCUAAAUGACGUGCGAUCAUACAACUUUUGUUGUCAAAGCUUGCAGCACACGGCACUCCAGUUGCGGAACACCUGUCCAUUUUCCUGCUACCGAACCACCACACAAUCGAAACGCAACUUUCAGUGCCGUGCCAAGUGCAUUUGUCAGAUUUUGCUUGUAAGCAGAAAGCAAGUUUGGGAACCUUGUCUGAGAGAGACAGGCAGAGUUAGAGAAUAGUUUCCUGGGAUGAGUGUACAACAGCAAAUAUCGCCGCUGAUGCUGCCUGAACCAAAAAUAGCUCGCUCACCAUCUUUCCUUAUUCAUUUCGCCGGCAGCACCUGAUAGUUCUCCGCCAGGGGCUCUCUAAAGGCUGAUCCCUUUACCUUCCCAACGUGCUUGCUGAUUCUGAAGCUUAGAAGAGAAAACAGCAGGGAAAAAUAGGGAUUUUUGAAUGAUUUCAAGCCUUGUGUAAGUUUACUGGCAGCAAUACGCAACUACCGUCCUCACGCAUCAAGAAUUAUCAGUAUUUUGCAGGGGGGCAGCGACACGCGCAACCGGCCGACGGCAACGAGCGAAGACUGCGUUCUGAGGGGGUAGGUGCACUGAACAGAUCGGCGUUUCUGCAGUGGUGGCCCACUUCGACGCUGCAGUCGCGGGGAGGCGGUGGGGCUGGAAGCACGGGUGUUAGCAGAUCAUCAUCGAUCCCCUCUCGAACGUCUGAUUCUCGAACUCUCGACCUCAGUCCGGACUAAAACAAUUCCGAUCACAGGAGAAAAUUAUUGGCGUAGGACAGUGGUUAUUUUGUGAAUCAAGAUGCCGUUAAUUGUGAUAAACAGUGCUUAUCCCUAGGACUCAAACCGAGUUUCACUUUAAUACAAGAAAAUCGUUUCUUCACUGAAGUAGAGGAGUUUCUUCAGGAUGGCUGACAGCGAAGGAGGUUCUGAGCAAGAUGAUGUUUCAUUUCUUCGUACUGAAGACAUGGUGUGUCUGUCGUGCACUGCCACCGGCGAGCGAGUGUGCUUGGCGGCCGAGGGCUUCGGAAACAGACAUUGCUACCUGGAAACGAUCGCAGAUAAGAACAUCCCACCGGACCUGUCGCAGUGCGUGUGUGUGAUCGAGCAGGCCUUGUCCGUGCGAGCUCUCCAGGAACUGGUCACCGCUGCUGGGUCGGAGACGGAACAGGAUUCACUUGUAAGUAUUUUUUCUGAGGAUAGAAACAUCAGUUGCA